AUGAGCGCCCAGACCCACAAUGUUGAUGCAGACCUCUGGAAACAUGCCGUUUCCGAGUAUACCAGCAAGCUUUCGCCGGCGCAGCGACAGGCCAUUAUGGCUCCUGCCACGGUCGACGAGUGUCUACAGAUUCUCAUCACUAACAGUAACCGCAAAAGGACUUUUACUCGUAUCCUAGAAGCAUUCCGCCCGAUAAUUGACACUCUGAAGCGAUUCGAAGGGUCCAUCGAUGUCUUGACGCAGAUUAGCACGGGAAUAGCUUCCCCUAUUUGGGGUCCGCUUCGAGCGGCGAUGACAACCUGUUCGAUAACCGCAAGUUUCAUGCAUCAGAUGGCGAGUGAGCAUUUUUCAAGCAUAGAGCGUCUCAUGUUCGUCGUCGACAAGAUUGCUCGCUGCAUCCAGCGAUAUCAAGACUUUGAAAAGAUGUUUCAGUCACACCAAGGCGUGCGUCAAGCGAUUGGUGCUUUGUGGUUGGAGCUGGUCAGACUUUGCACAAAGGUGAUGGAAUAUCACUCGAGCCGGUUUCGCUAUCUUCUUGGCUCGUUCGAUCGGGUCUUUGGUGAUAUCUUGACAUCCAUCGAUGCGCGCUGCGCUGAAGCGGAUCACGCGGCGGCGGCGGCACAUAUGAAGGAAGCCAAGGAGAUCCGUGAACGGUUCCUUCAGGAGGCGCAUGAACAAGACAUACAUCGACUACGGGCAUGGCUAGCACCUGCAUCAGUGGAUGAAGAUCUGGAACGAUAUCGGGCUGAGUACCUACCUGGCUCACUCGAUUGGGUCAUACAGAACCCUCAAUUCACCGCGUGGGAGCAAAGUACAUCGAGUGACUCUCUAUUGAUAUUCGGACCGCCAGGAAGCGGAAAGAGCACCCUGGCCGCACACCUCGUCCAUCAUCUUCGUGACGCACAUCCUGACUCUACAGUCUUGUAUUUCUUUUGCGACUACAAUGACUCUUCAAAGAACACAUCUUUGAGUGUCAGGUCUACGCUGCUGGCUCAACUGCUUCGUUCCAAUCAUGCUGUGGCUAAUCAGCUUUCUGACAUCUAUCGCCGCAGCGAUGGCCUGAAAGCAAACUCAAUUAUUGACGAUUCGGAUGCGCUACGAGAAAUCAUCAAUGACUGUGAGAGCCUUCGGGAAAGAAUCUUCAUUAUCGUGGACGCUGAAGACGAGUGUGGAAAAGGGUUUUUGGCUUCGUCUAUCGAGCCGUGGGUGUCAGACCCUCCUGUGAAGUGGCUAUUUACCUCCCGGUCUGACUACAGCAUAACCAACAAAGUCAGCGUGGAUCUUACGCUUAGUACCCCCUUCAUUCGUGAAUACACAGAGCGGCGUGUUCACAAAAUCCCACACUUGGCCGACUCAGACUUAGGUACGUCUGUGGUUAGUCGGGUCACUGAGGGUGCUGAAGGCUUGUGGUUGUAUGCCCGACUCAUGAUGGAUGAGAUUGCGAAUGCCCCAAGUCGGGAACUUGUGGAUCAGUAUUUACAAAGCCUACCUCGUGACUUGGCCGGAGUCUAUACUCGAAUAAUGCAAACUCGUGAAAUGCAGAUGACUGAGGACGAGCGCCAGUUUGCGGGCCAUCUCUUCUUGUGGCUCGACAUCAGCAAUGUUUUGCCAGGAUUCUUGUCAUGCGAAUACGACCGCCUCCCAUAUUGCAUACUUGAACUUGUUUUUCGCUAUGUGAAUAAGGGAAAUCCAGUUUUCGACGCUGUGGCAUUGGCGCGAAAGCUUGGAGCACCUUUGAUCCAGGUUCACAAACAAGGGUCUACCUACGAGUUGGAUUUUCUGCACCGCUCGGCAUAUCAAUAUCUCGCAGAAAGCCAUUGGCUGCCGCUUGAAGAGCUCCCACUGAUCCUUCAUCCUCAAAAGAGGAAAAGUCUUCACCGGGGGAUUUUGGCAAUGUGGUAUUUUACCGAUUGCUCUGAUUCAUUGGAAGACCUGCAAACACUUCGUGAGGAGACCUUCUAUUCACGCUGGCAUCUCACCUCAGAACGUCAUUUUGAGAUGCACUAUGGACUUUUAAAAGCGUUCAAGUACCCCUUGAGCAGGCUCAUAUCUACAGACGAGUCAGAGCCCACCUUCAAGCAGAUAUUGCCAAUGAUCCGACAACUUGGGGAAUUUUUGGAGUCAGAGAAAUGCCUUCUAUGGGUUGAGAGUGCGACAUUAAUCAAUUAUUCGGGAGAUUUUCCCGAGCUUUUGAGAAAUGUACAAUCAAUGAUACAAGAAGAUACAGGUCACGAGUGUUACAACUUCGAAUGUUGUGGCGUGGAAAUUCAAAAGUUUCGACAACAAUGUCGUAUUUUCUUCCACAAUUGGGCUUAUGUGAUCCUCCAGACCACUGACUGGGGCAACAGACUCAAUAAAAUGCCUCUAACUAGACAUCAUCAUGUGGAAGCUGAAAAAAAUGAUGAGGUUUUCAGUAUCUCAUUGACCUUUGAGAAGCCUCAGGGCUUUGAUGAGAACAAAAUUGCAACGGCGAUGCUCCGAAUUGGUGAGGCUUCAAGCGCAACAUUCCAAAAUGCCCUUUCAACAAUGCCGUCGGACAGGCCAAGACAUCUAAUGGGCCUGGGUGUCUGCCACAUGUGCGGCCUCGUGGCCUCAAGAACUACAUUGAUGCACCAGAAGAGGCAUGCCUAUAGUUGUGCAGCAGCCGGGAGCAAUCAGCUGAAGGCUACAAUUCAUAGGAGAGCCAAACCGCGUGAACCCAGCGAUCUUCGUAACGAUAAAUCCGGUAGCUCUCAUAAGGAUUGA